AUUCAGUCCGCAACACCGGAAGUGUGAUAAUAUGUAACUUAUUUUUGGAAAAAAUAAAAUUUGGAAUUUGGAACUGAAUAAUAAGAAUAAAUUCAAGCUUUAUGUGGCAUAAUAGAUUACUUUUAUUGUAAAGAACAUCAUACUGUUUAGCUGGAAGCAUUGAUAAGCUUCAUUAGAAGGACGAUGGCUCUCAACAGAUAUUUGAUGCGAUGUCGUUCACUCCAGAUUUCUUUGACAAAGAUGCAAGCACCAAAUCAGGCGAUGUACAGCUCAAACUCAAGUGGUCCUCCCGCAUUUGAUUGGCGUGAUGCAUUUAAUAUGGAAAGUCAACUGACAGAAGAAGAGAUCUUGGUUCGAGACCAGUUCCGCACCUACUGCCAAGAACAACUUAUGCCAAGAAUUAUUUUAGCCAAUAGAAAUGAAGUCUUUCAUAAAGAAAUAAUGCCAGAAAUGGGUGAGCUUGGUGUACUGGGGCCAACUAUACAAGGCUAUGGAUGCGCUGGCGUAUCUUCAGUAGCCUAUGGUCUUAUAACUAGGGAACUUGAGAGGGUUGACAGCAGCUACAGGUCUGCUAUGAGUGUACAAUCAUCGCUUGUCAUGCACCCUAUUAAUGCUUACGGCACUGAAGAACAAAAACAAAAAUAUAUACCAAGAUUAGCUAGAGGUGAGCUAAUUGGGGCAUUUGGACUUACUGAACCUAACCAUGGUAGUGACCCCAGUAGUAUGGAGACUAAAGCCACCUAUAAUGAGUCCAGUAAAACAUACACCCUUAAUGGAGCGAAGUCAUGGAUUACCAACUCCCCCAUUGCAGAUGUGUUUAUAGUUUGGGCCAAGUCAUCAAAAGAAAACAACAGAAUCAAAGGUUUUAUUCUAGAAAAGGGAAUGAAAGGACUCAGCGCCCCAAAGAUUGAAGGCAAGUUUUCACUCAGGGCUAGCAUAACAGGGCAGAUUGUCAUGGAAGAUGUGGAAGUACCUGAAGAGAAUCUUCUACCUCAUGUGUCAGGUCUAGGUGGUCCAUUUGGCUGUCUAAACAAUGCCAGGUAUGGUAUAGCUUGGGGUGCCUUAGGAGCUGCUGAAUUUUGCCUGGAGUAUGCCAGACAGUAUACACUUGACAGGGUGCAGUUCCGCAAUCCUUUAGCCAGGAACCAGUUGAUUCAGAAGAAAAUGGCUGAUAUGCUGACAGAGAUUAGUAUAGCUCUUCAAGCAUGUUUACAAGUAGGAAGACUCAAGGACCUAAACAAGGCCUCACCCGAGAUGAUUUCUCUGAUUAAACGCAACUCAUGUGGCAAAUCUUUAGAAAUUGCCCGAAAUGCCCGAGAUAUGCUGGGAGGAAAUGGUAUUUGCGAUGAGUAUCACAUUAUACGACACGUCAUGAACCUAGAAGCAGUCAACAGUUACGAAGGUACCCACGAUAUUCAUGCCUUGAUUCUGGGCCGGGCUAUAACGGGGAUACAGGCAUUUACAGCUACAGGAUAGACAACACCAGAAUCCCCAUAUGAACAUUUUUAUGAGGAUAUUUAAUUAUGAGGAUACUGAAUGUUAUGUGAUUAAACUCAGGCAAGAUGGGUUAUCCUAAUGUUGAGGACUGAAGCAUUUUCGAUCAGCAUUUUUCACAAGGAUCUACUAAAGGGCCUUCAUUUUUGGUCUAUUUGUUGACAUGCAGCGAGAUUAACCAUUCAUGUACGUGCCAAAUUCGUGAUUCUGAACGAGCCAUUAACUGUAGCACUGCACCCUGUGAUCUAUAGGAAAAAUGGGUGAUAUUCAACCAUUAAUAUAAAUAUUUAUUAAGUUUGUUAAAAUUGCAA